AUGGCAAAACUCACUUUCAACCCUUCAAUUUCCAUUAUUGCAUUUAUUCUUUCAGUUAUUUCAUGUGCUACUGCGUCAUCUUUACGAGGGCGUGCCUUUUUGAAUAAUUAUCAACCCUUCGUCGUAUUUGAAAAUGCUAAUGAGAAUAUCGCGAGUACCGAAGCCUCUAAUGUUAACUUAUUAGAUAUCUCUGCCCUUAACGCUGCAGAAGCCGCUACCUCAGUUGACAACGAACAACAAACUACUUUCCUGCUCAGCAAACGUGCAUUUUUAAAUAAUGGCUUUCAACCUUUUUUCCUACUUGAAAAUGCUAAUGAGAAUAUUGCGUCUGCUGAAGCCGCUAAUGUUAACCAAUUCGAUUUGGAAUCUCUGAACGCCGCAGAAAACGCAGCCAGUGUUGAUCAUGAGCAAGCAACAACUUUCUUAUUAGGCAAACGUAGUUUCUUAAAUAACGGUGGCGGCACUCCUUUUGUCAUAUUUGAGAAUGCAAAUGAGAAUAUUGCGUCCGCCGAAGCUGCUAAUGUUAAUCAAUUUGAUAUCCAAGCUCUAAACGCCGCAGAAACCGCUACCAGUGCAGAUCAUGAACAACAAACCACCUUCUUAUUGGGAAAACGUAGUUUCUUACAACAAGGAUUUCAGCCUUUUGUCGUAUUUGAAAAUGCUAAUGAGAAUAUUGCGUCCGCCGAAGCUGCUAAUGUUAAUCAAUUCGAUUUGGAAGCUCUGAACGCCGCAGAAAACGCUGCCAGUGCAGAUCAUGAACAACAAACCACCCUCUUUUUUGGAAAACGUAGUUUCUUAAAUAACGGCGGCGGCAUGCCUUUUAUCGUAUUCGAAAACGCUAAUGAAAAUAUUGCAUCUGCUGAAACUGCUAACGUUAAUCAACUUGAUAUCGAAGCUUUGAACGCUGCAGAAGCUGCCACUAGUACCGAUUUUGAAUCCGCAACAUCACUUAUAGUUUAG